UUCGGUGCAGCUAAAAAGAACGGAUCAUUUGUUAGUGCAUCGAAUUAGCGGAGACAAGAGUCCGAAGAUGUAAUGUGAUCUCGGUAACGUGUCACGUCGUCGACAUCGAAUUCGAAUAUAUAAUUGUGAAAUAGUCGAUUGAUCGGCAUCGGGCAUUUCCAAGCCAUGCUGUAAUGCCACGAAACGAAACAGGUGAUCUCGUGGUUUGGACGGAACGGAGAUUAGGAGGAUUAAAGUGUAGUCGCCAUCGCAGCAUUGUGCCGUAUCACAGUCGGACAUUAUACCGGAUUAUUAUGACAUAAUUACUGCUUACGAAUAAUUUACAGUCGAAAGAGAUAUCAGUGCGUGUCUCAACACUGAGCCGUGCAAGCACUAUAUAUAACUCGCUUGCACGUCAACAUUGCCUGCCGCAACUUGUUUUGCAAAUUUCACGAGUGUGCAAGUCCGGUCGCAGCACUUUUAGGAUUAUGGCCAGCUCGGUGCUCAGCACCACUAAUGGAUACAAUUUUAAAGUCGUUUUACUCGGUGAGGGUUGCGUCGGCAAAACCUCGGUCGCGCUGCGAUACGUCGAGGACAAGUUUAACGACAAGCAUAUCAGUACGCUGCAGGCGUCCUUCCUGAAUAAGAAAUUGAACAUUAAUGGAAAAAGGGUAAACUUGGCGAUAUGGGACACAGCAGGGCAAGAAAAAUUUCAUGCGUUAGGACCAAUUUAUUAUAGAAUGUCCAACGGUGCUAUUCUCGUGUACGACAUUACAGAUGAAGAUACAUUUCAAAAGGUGAAGAAUUGGGUAAAGGAGCUUAAGAAAAUGUUAGGUAGCGAAAUAUGCUUAGCGAUAGCAGGUAAUAAAGUGGAUUUAGAAAAAGAAAGAAAUGUCGCUAUAGAGGAAGCGGAAGAAUACGCCAAACAGGUGGGUGCUAUGCACUUUCACACAUCGGCUAAGUUAAAUCAAAACAUCGAGGAAAUGUUCUUAGAUCUGACAAGACGCAUGAUGCAACAUGCGGACGAGGUCGAACAGAAAUCCACCCUUACAAGGACCAAUAGUACACGUCGCAAUGUCGUAGUGGUUGAGGACGAGAUGGAACAGAGUCAGCCGACUAGAAGUUCCUGCUGCACCGGUGGUGGUGGUAGUGGUGGUAGUGGUGGUGGCAGUGGUGGUAACGCAAAAGUCGGUAGUGGCGAUGGCAGUAGCAGCGGUGGUUUUUCGUAGACUUUUUUUUUUAAUUUGAGUUAUAUUCAAGUAUAGACAAGGUCUAAUCCAUCAGCUCUAUAUAUAUAUAUAUAUAUAUAUAUAUAUAUAUACGGGAUGAGGCAUUCCAAGAGUGUGACGAAUUUUACUAUCUUCUAGAAAAAAUACUUGUCGAGAUAUUUCUCUCAAUGUCGCAUUGCCAAAUGCCUUACCUUUUUGUGUAUAUUGUGUGGGUACAUUAUCCACGUAUGUGAAUGCACGUGUAUAUACAAGUGCUGAAUUAUAUAGAUAUAUAUAACCUUGCUAUUUGAGAAAAAAAUUAUCACGAGUUAAUUAGCUAAACUAUUAGCUAAUCACGGCGAAAACUAGACAACAUGUCGACGCGUGAAAAUUUCCAAGGGAAACUAGAGGGACUUUCGGCUUUUAUCCAAAACGAUAGCUUAGAAUAAUGUACAUAUUGAUACUUAAUGUGUAACGUCGGACGACCGAACUGGAGACUUUCUAGUUAGAGUUUGGCAACAUCCAAUUUUAAAGGAUAAAAUGACAAGAUAGAUUGCAAACUAUUAAUAAAUAUAUUCCGAAUUGUGUAUGGUGUAGAAUUAAAUACGUUUAACUGUGCAGAUCAGUCAUUUGCUCUGAAGCUGCCGGAUUCUAAUCAGAUGGUCUUUGGAUUACAUUAAGUUGUGCGCCAUAUAGUAGAGGCUUUUUGAGCCAACGAGCAAUUGAUGAAAUUUUCGUUAGUGCAAGAGACUGUAGCGCGCGCCGUUAGGCGGGAUUUUUAAAUUUAUCCCCUGGUUCAAACUCUUCCGCCAAAUGACGUGCGUACUACAGUCGCAUCAUAGAUUAUAGAUAUACCAUAAUAAAUAUAAUCUACAUUUUGUUCGGAAAAUUGUUUCAGAACUGAUACAAUUAAGAUACAUUUCCUUUUUUUUAUAAAAACUUUAAUUACUUGUUUGAUGUUUAUUACAUUGUUAUAGAUAAAACAUAUAAAUUUGAAUACGAAGAGAUAAAUUGCCGGAAAUUGUUAGAUAUUGUUUGUUAACUCACAAUAAUUUUAUUCGUCUGAAAUUAUAUGAAUCAGCGAGACAAAUAGUUGUAAAGUUUAAAUUAUUGUUAUAUAAGUUAUACGAACAUAAAAUGGUAAAUUGUAAUAAUGUUGUAGAAGAACGUUUCAUUUACUUUUUUGUACGUCAUGUACGAAUCUGUGUUGAAGUGUUCGGGAUUUUUACAAAGGAUUUGCACAAUCGAUGUACCAAUCUCAUCAUAGAUAUAGAAAUUAACAUAUUUUAUUAUGCGUUUUUCUAUCGACAACAAGGAGGAAUGUCACAUCAGUUCUAUAUAGGUCUGGAUUAGUCUUUUCGAUGAUAGAGAGCAGAUUUAGGAUGUCAGCCUAUAUUUUAUCCUAGUUACCCAUAAUGGCAGGACCGUUUAAAAGAUGUACAUAGAUACGGUACAUAGGUUCGUUCCACGAAAACUGCUAAGUUUCUUAUUCUUAAGAGACGGGUAAAAUUAAUUAAAACGUUAAACUAUAUAGUACCCUGACAUUCAUAUUAUACGUUAAAUUUCUCUUUCUCUCUCCCUCAUCAUAUUAUUUAACCUUUUAUCACGACAUCGAAACAAACGAUCACGCAAAUUCUUCUCCCAAGAUCACAAUCAAGAAGAGAAUAUCGUAAUCAUAUUAAAAUUUACACAGUGACUGAGUCACUAAGAGAGUCUAUGUUAUUCGAGAUUAACACAGCGUAUCUCUCUUUUUUUUCUCUCUAUGUUACACGUAUAAAUUCUUUUGCAUUAAUCAUUUUCUUUAAUAUAUCUCGUUUUCCCGAGUUUCCUUAGAUACAAUAUCACGUAUACUACAUUUGUUAAACUACAAUAAUAUUAAAUUAUCAAUUUUUCCAAUAUAUACAUAAAACCUUGCGAUGCAAAAGAUGCCAAGUAUUACAAGAUUUUUUUUAUUUAUAUAUAAUUUACUUAUAUUUCAAAUUUAUAGUACCAAGACAUUCGAUAAAAAUUACAAGAUGAGAUUUUAUGAGUCAUAUACUCGAACAAAUAUGAUUAAACAGUCUGCAGAUUUAACUUUGCGAUAAAAAUAAAUAACUCAUUGUUACGUAAUGUAAAAUAUGAAAUUCAUCGAAACUAUUUAAAUUGAUUCGAUAACAAUGACUGAAGCAAAUUUAUUCUAAACGUUUUGAUAAAGUAAAAAUAAAAUAAAAAUAAUUAAACUUUUAAAGAUUAUAAAUUAAAAAAUAACUUAAUAUAACUUAUUAAAAUAAAACUAAUUCGUUGUGUUAAAUAUUCAAUUAAAUAUGACAUUAAAAAAGAUAAAUGAACAUUUCAGAACAAAUCACCAUCCAUAGGUCUGUUCGUUUUCGCUGCACUGCUGAACUAGUGCAAUAAGUUGAAGCGAGACAAGUAUAUGUUUUCUCACUUCAACUUAUUGUACUAUUUCAGCGGUGCACCGAAAAUGAACAGACCUCAUGAUCUCUCGCGACAAGAAGCAUCUCUUGAUAUCUUCUUUCAUUUUUGAACGCAAAUUACUUUCUACGUUUUAUUAAAUUAUAGUAAAUACUAUUUCUAUAAAUAUC